GGCAAAGGCCGCCACGGACCGGAAUUUAACGGAAACCCCCUCGCAUUUGCUCUCCCUCGCUUCUCGGAUCCACCGUUUCUUUCCAUUCCCGUUUCGUUCCUCACCAACUCCUCCUUCCAGAAGAACUCAGUCUCCGAUCCUCGGUUCCCAAAACCUGCCGGAUUUGCGGCUGCAGGCGUCGCGGUCGCCGCCGUCGUAUGAAACCAACACCAACCAGGUCAGUUCCAGAGGAGAAAGAGGAAAUCUUUUAGGCCGCCGUUCCGCUGCGUGUUUCAUUCGCGACUACUUCUUGGUGCCAUGGCGGCGCAGGCGCUGCUUCGCGCGCGCGUUUAAUCUGUUCGUGGAAAGGCGUCCAUAGGCCCCUGUUGGUUUCAGGGACCAACAGGAGCCGCGGAGAACUGCAUGCGAGCGCUGUUGUUAGCUCUGGAGUCUGCAGGUGGGAAAGUGAGCAAAGCUGAAAGCGUGUCCCUUAUUUUGCAAGGGUGGUGCUCAUAAGGAACCACCCCCACCCCUCUUCUUUGCUGGCGAGAGAACACCAAAUGGCCCAGCUGUUGCACAAUCAGGAUUCUGCAUUCUAUGGCAAGGAAUUGCAUGGGUGCCGAUGGGGUAUUCUUCAAUUCUUUGGAUUUCGCCGUCGCCUGCGGUCCCCAAAGAUGCUAUCUGACAAGAAACAUGGUCAGGAAAAAAACAGUCGUGGAAGUAGACGCCGAAGCCACUGCUAUGCUCCAUUGACAAACGAAGACAGUGGAAUUCUGGAUGAUAACAAAAAUACUGAGGUCACAAAAAAACAGAAGGCCUCAAAAAGGAAGUCUGGUAAGGCUAGUUUGAGGUCCUUGAUUCUAAGGAAAUUAUAUGGAAAGGAAGGUCAGAAAGAAAAGAUGCUUCCAGUUGCACCAAAGCUACUCCGCACUAUUUCGAUACACUAUCUAGAAAGUAAUGAAUAUGUUCUUGAUGGUGAAUCCACUUCAAGUGGUGAUGGUUCUUCACAUAGUACUAAAUUGUCAAUGCAAAAUGCUACCGAUAUGAAUUUGCACCAUGCUACAUCUAGCAUCCCAGAUGGUUGUGAUAGUGAUUUAAGUUCUUCACUUCUCCUAAAGAGAGAUGACAUCCGUAUGAAGCGAAAGAGCCACCGUAGCAUUUCAAUGGAUGGGAUUCUUCAUAAGGUCCCUUAUGGACAGAAGGUGUCUGGAGAUGUAAUCAGUGAAGGUCUCCCCCGAUCAGCCUCUGCCUCAUAUGAUAGGGAUGGUGUGAAACCUUACUUUGGUACUGCUACAAAGAGGCAUGUAAAUCAAGGCUUUCGGCGUUCACGUUCCCUAAGUGAAUCUUGGGAAAAUUACUCACGCUUACUUGAUUCCAUUUCAAGUAAUGAAUCCAAAAGAAUACUGACCAACUCUAAGUCUACUAGGGAUCAUUCCCUGGAUGGCCCUAGAGUGAUUACUUCAUUGCAAAGAACUUCUGAAGCUUUCAGGUCUCAAGGUUUUGAUAAACAUGAUGAAAAUCUUGUAACUGCAGAAGAUGCAUUGGAACCACAUGUUCAAGAGAAAACUGACAUCAAUAUAAUUGUGGAAGUUGUUAAGGAUGAGAGUUCCUUAGAUAUGGUUGCUGGUGUCUCUGAAAAUCCUGCUUUACCUGAUGAGUGCGUUGACGACAAAACAGAAGAAGACACAUGCACUGCUCCUUCACCUUCAGAGGUUGAUAUCUCAGAAGAACAGACACUAAGUUGUGGUCAGAUUCCCUCAUCUGAAGUCGAGCUGUAUGACAUACAAGAAGAACAUGCAGAAACUUAUGAUGAUGAUCAGAUCCACUCAUCAACACAGGCUGAUGCCUGUUCUACAUCAUCAGAAGUUGACAUACCAGAAGAACAUGCAAAAACUUAUGAUGAUGAUCAGAUCCACUCAUCAACACAGGCUGAUGCAUAUACUUCUCUAUCUUCAAAGGAGUUCACCAUUUCAGAAGAACACACUCCAAUUUCUCAUGACAGCCAAAUGCACUCAUUCCAGAUUUCAAAACCAAUAGAAGGUACUUUUUGUGUUCCUUACCCCAGUCACGAAUUUGAAGCAGACAUAAGUCUAAGCUGUGAACAAGAAACUGAAAGCCCAAUGUCUGUUCUUGACGUGGCCUUCUCAGAUGAUCCUGAUCUUCCGGUGAAACGCACCCUGCUGGAUGAUACAUUGCUGAACCCAAGAAUUCUCCAUCUAAAUGAUGCUGAUGCUUCAACUGGCACUUCUAUCGUACAAGAAAGUGACUUUGAUGGUCUCCAAGUAGAUCCAAGGCAGGAAAUUGAGUUCAACUAUGUGAAGGAUAUAUUCAAAAAGUCUAGUUUCAGCAACGAAAUACUGUUUGAUGAAUGGCAUUCACAGAACAUUACAGCUCUCCAACAAGUGGACUGCCAACACUACGAGGCCGCUGCAGCAUCAUUUGACUUCACGGAUAUGUCCGCUGAUCAGCUACUUUUGUUCGACUUGACAAAUGAAGCCCUGCUGGACAUUUACAAGAAAUACUCUGUUUCCAAGUCUAGAUUCUCCUGGUUCUCAUCUUUGGAUAGACCAAAACCUGUGGGAAACCGUGUCCUCAAUGAGUUGUGGUCUAGAGUGAGCUACCAUCUGGAUGAACGAUCAUGGUCCAGCAUCGAAGUCGACACGAUUUUGUCGAAUGACCUAGCCAAGAGCGAUCCUUGGACGAAUUUUCCAAGAGAUGCUGAUCAUCUGGGGAACAAGUUGGCGGACUUUGUAUUCGACAAGCUUCUGACUGAGCUCGUUCUUCAGCUUGCAGAGUUUUGAGUGCAGGCAUUUAUUUUUGUCCCCCUUUUUUUGCGUUUAUUAUGAGUUCUAUAUUGUGCAAAGGCAUGGGGUCAUUCUGUUGUACAUAGUACAAUUUUUUUGUUUUUUUUCCAAGGACGAGAUAAUCUGGGGAUUAUUGUUGUUGUUAGGUCCUAGGAAUUCAAUUUAUGUGCUGGAAAGUUUUGCCUGAUGAGUACUAGUAUAAGUGAAUGGAAGAGCAACAUUUUGCUCCACUAUUUGUACACCUUCAAAAAACUAUUUGUAUAUAUAAUCUUGAAGAUGGAGAUUUUGAAAUAGAAUC